GAAAAAAGUUCCUUCCUCUGCAGCUAUUGGUUCAGAGACAGAAAGUGUAUUUUGUACAUCUGCUGCUAUCAAUCAACCAGCCUUGUGCACAGGUCUCUUUUCACAGAGCACAUUUCUUCCUCAGCGCUGCUGUUCUCGACUGACUUCUAGCCUGUCAUCUCCCACCCAAGAAAUCUUUUUAUUGAAUUAUUUUCUGUGAACUGGUUCUUCAAGCUUGGAAUUGAGCUGGUUGCAACUUUCCUUCAUCUGAGAAUCGAGUCAAAGGACACAGUGAGUCUGCUGUUGGACAGAUCCAAGACUUCACUACUCUUUUUGUACCAGGAUGGCCUCACAAAAAGUUUGGCUGUUGUGCCUUCUGGUCACAGUUAUUUGCUCAUUCCAGGCAAACUUAUUGCCUGGGGUACAUGGACAGGUGCAAGCUGUAGGCCAAGAUCAUGAUGACGACGAUGUUGAUGACAAUGAUGAUAAUGAUCAUAUAGCCCAUGAUGGAGAUGACAAAAAUGACGAUGACGUUGAUGAUGAUGUCGACGACGAUGAUAAAGAUGAUGAUGACGAUGACGACGACGAUAAAGAUGAUGACGACGACGAUAAAGAUGAUGAUGACGAUGAUAAAUAUGAUGAUGAUGAUGACAAUGACAGUGAUGACGACAAUGAUGACGACGACGACGAUGAUGACGACAAUGAUGACGAUGAUGACGGCGAUGACGAUGAUCAAAUUGUAAAGAAACAUGAUGAUGAUGACAACGAUGAUGAUGAUGAUGAUGAUGAUGAUGAUGAUGAUGACGACGAUGAUAAUGAUGACGACAAUGAUGAUGAUGAUGAUGAUGAUGAUGACCAAGCAAAAAAUCAGGAAGAUGACGAUGAUGAUGAUGAUGAUGAUGAUGAUGAUGAUGAUGAUGAUGAAGGUAACUAAGACUAAAGUAUUUCAUACUUUACACAAACCAAACACUAGGGAUCAUCUCUCAAAUAUAUUUGCUCACUCUAGUAGAAAAAUAGCUUAAAUAUUUUUCUACAUUCAAAAAAACAAAAUACAGUGAAGUGCUAAUUGUGUACUAGCAGCAUUAGCUCACAGGCUUUAUUUAACCUAUGUCUGCUGGCAUGAACGGGAUACCUAAAAUGAGACUGCAUUGAGCCUUUGCUGCUGUGUGCUGUGUCCUUUCUUGCUUUCAUUAAUUGCAAACUUUCGCUGGGACAUUGAAUUGGACUGGACAGAAUUUCUGAAUUACUGGAAGGAACUUGUCUGAGUCUUGGUCACAAAGUUGGGAUCCCACAAAUAACUAUAUUAUUCUAUUUCUGGGUUACAAUCAUUUUAUGAAAACAUUAAUGUGACACUGAGGUUCAUAUAGAAUCAGUAAAUCAAUAAAAAAAAAAUCAGAUUCUCCAUUUUCCUUCUAA